GCUUAAAGAGAUGGAACGACGACUGAAAGAGGAAGAAACUACGUUUAAUAUACGGCUCAAAGAUAAAGACCAGCAAAUAGAGAACUUGCAGAAACAGUUGACUGAGAAAGAAGAACGAGAGCAAAGUUGGAAAGAAAAAAUAAAGAAAACUGAAACGAGCGAAACAUGGUUUCGUGAUCAGCUUAUUGAAAGAACUCAACGAGUAUCAAACUUUCAAAGAAAGUUGAGUGAAAAGGAGCUGGAGUGCAGAGAGAAAGAAGAACGAGAAGAAAAUUUACGAACACAUCUUGGCGAGUUACAGCAGCAGUUACGGGAAAGGGAAAAUUUGCAGAGACAGGUCACGGAGAUGAAAGACCGAUGGAGGAAUGCUCAACGACAACUUGCAGAGAGAGAAGUGGAAAGUGCUAAUUUAAGGCAACAAGUUGCGAUUCUGGAGGAUAAAUUGGAGUCACAGUUCUGCGACUGGAUUAUCCCUCGAGAUGAGAUUCAAAUAUCGGAUAUCACUCUUGGAGCUGGAGGCUGGGCAGAGGUGUUUGAAGGCAGGUAUUGUGGGUGCUCCGUCGCUGUCAAACAAAUGCACGAAACCAUCGUUUCUCCUCAUAACCAGAGUUUGUUCUGGCGAGAGAUUGACAUCGCCUCAAGAUGCCGCCAUCCUUGCUUACUGCAGUUUAUCGGAGCAACUAAUGACGAGGGAAUUCCCCUCUAUGUCACGGAGCUCAUGGAAACAAGUUUGAGGCAACUGUUAGAGCAGCGACCUCUUUCCAAGGCCGAAAUAUCUGUUAUUGCUCUGGAUGUGGCUCAAGCUUUAAAUUACCUUCACCAAAAGAAACCUUCUCCGAUUAUCCAUCGUGACAUCAGCAGUGGCAAUGUGUUGCUAUGGCGACAAGGAAAUCGAUGGCGAGGGAAAGUUUCUGAUUACGGCGCUGCCAAAUUCAAGGAACAGAAGAUGUCAAUUGGUCCUGGCUGUUUUGCCUACAGCGCUCCCGAAGUAAAUAAAUCUUCGAAUCAGACGGCGAAGAUUGAUGUCUACAGUUUCGGUGUUCUCCUGUGUGAAAUGUGCUCCUUUAAGCAGUUUCCAGACCCACAAAAGCGCCUAGCGCAAGUCAAUAUGGUAAGAGACCAUGGCCUGCGAGAACUCGUGCGACGAUGUCUGAAGACAAAUCCCAGGGAAAGACCAGACAUGACAGAGAUCAUAAGUGAACUGGAGAGGUUGCGUUGAAACCGACAGUUAGGUCAUAGCCUUUUUA